UGCUUCCGGGAUUUAUUUUAUCAACAUGGCUGCUUCGUGAAGCCACUUGUAUGUUUCCGCUAAAUACAUACACGCAUUUUAUUGAUAGUUGUACGUAAAUAUUUGCGAUUAAAUUUUUAGAGUAAGUAGGUCGAUUGUCAGUCAGUAUGUUUCAAAUUAUUACCAGAAGUAACCCGGUAAUCCGGCUUCUCGCCCCCCGUGGAGCCGUGCUUGUUGAGGCUGUCCGGGGUAGGAAGACCCGCACCGAUCCAAAGGCCAAAUCCAAAGAGGGGCGCAUCAAAACGCCACCUCCCGUCGACCCGGUAGAGAUGGUGGUCCUCAGGGAGAGAUUCACCGAAUAUGACCUGAUCAUGAGAGCGCUGAGGCUGGAGUUCAAGGAGGAGAUGCUGAGGAAGAGAUAUGAAGAGGAAGUGGGCUCCCUGGCGGAGGAGAGGGCGAAGCAGGAGGCGGAGGAGCACCGCUCCCUCAUGACCUGGAACCAGGAGGAGAACCUUCGCAUGCUCAAGAUCAGGGAACUGAGAGUUCAGAAAGAGGUGGAAGCUGCUGAGGUCAAGAAGACAGAGGCAGCUAUUCUGCGAGAGCAGGCCAUGGAAAGCUUUGUUAAAGAGAAAGGAGAGGAGAUAAUGCGGAUUCAGGAGGAAGCCAAGAGCUUCAUCAACCUGGAGAACCUGGACCAGCGUAUUGAAGAAGCCCUGGACAACCCUAAGAACUAUAACUUUGCCAUCGACAAAGAUGGCCGCGUGGUGAAGAGGACUGUGCUGCAGUGAGAGAGACUGAGGAUGGCUGGAAGUGUAGGGUGAAGUUGCCCCUAGACUCUGAUCUGGAUUCAGUUUAGCAUUUCCCCCACUAUGGUUAAGGUUAGGAUUGUGGGAUUGGAAGCUGAUUCUGGAUCUAUACCUAAUGGAAACUUCACCUUGGAGCCUGGCUGGAGGCCUCAGAGGAGACUGUAUGAGAGUCGCGACUGAUUGAUCUACAAAUCACCUAGCAUCAUAAAUAAACUAGUCAUUAUUAUUUGUAGAUCAGUCAGUCACAAUUUACCCACAAUGCAUCACACAAUGCUCUGGAACAAGCCAGUGUGACCUUUUCUCAUUCGGGCAAAAGCCCGUCCUCUACCCUCUCUCCUUCCUCUGUGACCCGGAAACCGAUAAGUUAUUGAGAUGUCAAUUCGUUAGUAGGCAAACUGAAGAGGCCUACUCCCUUCCUCGAUAGCCACGUUUCAUUGAGGAUAGACAUGUGUAUCCUACCUGAGUCCUUCACUGAACAGUUGUGAUAUCUACCACGCCCACUUAGAAACAGCAGGUUUUUUUAUUUAUUGUCAGAGGAGAAAAGCAUGAACACGUUUUAAAAACAAUAUGCUACUUCUCCUUCGUCUAGAAAAUGUCUUGCUCAAUCAUGAUGUGGUUAGCUGGGGUGUAGUUAUUUGUCCAAACCCUAGCAAAUUGUGCCGUUUAUGUUAGUAAUGUGGGGGGGGGGGAAUCGAUUAGUUACGUAUCGCAAUGUUAUUUUUGAUGAUAUUACACAGUGUACAAAACAUUAAGUAUACCUGCUCUUUUCAUGACAGACUGAAUCCAGGUGAAAGCUAUGAUCCGCUUGUUAAAUCCACUUCAAUCAGUGUAGAUGAAGGGGAGGUGAUGGGUUAAAGAAGGAUUUUUAAGCCUUGAGACACUUGAGUCAACAUGGACCAGCAUCCCCUGUGGAACGCUUUCGACACCUUGUAGAGUCCAUGUCCUGAUGAAUUGAGGCUGUUCUGAGGGCAACUCAAUAUUAGGAAGGUGUUCUUAAUGUUUUGUACACUCGGUGUAUAGCGAUACUGUAAAAGGAGACCCCCCCCUGUUCCUGGGCCAGAACUCCAGUAUUGUUCAUCCUGUAGAUUUUUCUCCAUCUUAUCUUUAUUUCCAAUUUAUCAAAAAUUGUUUCAAAUCAAAUUUAUUUAUAUAGCCCUUCUUACAUCAGCUGAUAUCUCAAAGUGCUGUACAGAAACCCAGCCUAAAACCCCAAACAGCAAGCAAUGCAGGUGUAGAAGCACGGUGACUAGGAAAAACUCCCUAGAAAGGCCAAAACCUAGGAAGAAACCUAGAGAGGAACCAGGCUAUGAGGGGGGGCCAGUCCUCUUCUGGCUGUACUAAAUGUCAUAAUAUAAAGAUACAAUGUACAUUUGAGAAACAUACAAAACACACAACAAGUUUCUCCAUGUACAAUUCUAAUGCUCUCUCUUGCCUCUGCAGCAGACAUAUAGUGACCAAUAUGUUUGGCAAGGUCCCUCACAAUGGGGAUAAUAUCGUAUCGUGAGGCCCCUGACAAUUCGCAAACCUAGUUUCUAUUGGACCAAUUCAGAUAGGUCCCUCCCUGUUUCGUUUGCUUCCAUUUUGUUCUGUUUGGUUCCUUGUGAAUACAGCCCUGAUUUGUUAAAUUACCUACUCAAGCGUUGUAAUAUCUGUCAUGCGUCUCGAUGUAUUCGUGGCAGGAACUCAACCCUUAAAAAGGACAGCCUACUCUGUGUGUGAUGAUGAACAGUUUCCUGGCACAAUUACCCAUGUCUCCACUUGUUUGGUUAUGGCGGGGAUUUACAGGUUAUGAAACUGUUGUAAAACUUCAAACUAUGGACUUUGCUUCAAGCUUGUAGAUCUCAUCUGUCAAGUACACAAUGGGAACAUUAUGUAAUAAAUAAUAGUUUCUUCCUGA